AUGUUAAACGAAUAAAAGUUUUUAAAAGACCCAAAGCAAUAUAGAUUGUACUUGAUAUAUCAUCUUAGCUUGAAUUUAACGCAUGGAUUAUGUAUUUGCUUUUAUUACAUUCAUAACCUGAUAAAUGGGUAAUUACUAUUCCCAUUUGCAAGUUUUUCAAGCUCAUAUUUAUUUUUGAUUUUUAUUCUAAGUUUAGUUACUUCAAUUCUUUAUGUAAUUGUUCUACCUAAAGUGAUUGUUUUAAAUAAAAACAGCAGGAAAGACUGUAAAAAAUCAUUGAAAUCAUUUUAAAAAUAAAAAUUGAAUACCUAUCUGAACUCAACUCAAUAAUUUAUCAAUAUGUUAUAUGUUUUAGGAAUUUGGCUAGUAGUAUGGAAUUCCUUUACUAAUUCUAAUGCAGAAUUUCAAGCUGUUAUGUAAAAUAUAUAAUGUAUUUUUUAAAAUAGAAAUUCAUUAAAUAUUUUGUGUUCCAUUCACUUUUUGAAACUAUUUAUAAAAUUGUAUUUAGAUAAUUGGCUGUAGAAAUGCAUAAAAGAGGAGGAAUAAUUUCAACCUCUAUAAAUUUAUUAAUGGAUUGAAUAAUCUGAGAUUACCAAAGUUCACUGUUUAAUAUGUUCUGAUUCGUUCAAAUUCGAAGAUCACAUAGGUUAAUAUUUUUGUAUAGGAAAACACCAAUUUCAUAAACACUGCUUAAAUAAAUGGAUAUAAUUGUCAUCUGAUAACAAAUAGAUUUGUCCUUACUGCAAAUAAAGGUCUCAAAAGAAACAAUGCGAAUGA